AAAUGAGGAAAAAUAUUUAUCUAUUAUUAUCAACACUCUACACUAUUCGAAUAUAUUAACAAAUAAGUGAGACUGAGGACGUUACUGUCACAAUGACGAGUGUCAGUGAAACAAGUUCAUUACCAAAAACCAAAAAACCAUCAGAUAGUGCCUUCAAACAACAGCGUCUUCCUGCCUGGCAGCCGAUCCUUACAGCAGGCACAGUCCUCCCGACCUUUUUUGUGAUAGGCAUAGCCUUCAUCCCAGCAGGAAUUGGUCUUCUCUAUUUCUCCGACAAAGUUCAUGAGUACGCAGUGGACUACACAAACUGCAUAUCCCUCCGGGAAAAUCGACGAUGCUCAGACGUUAUCUUCAAUAAUCCGGGAAGUGUCUGUGAUUGUAACGUCAGCUUUCGCCUUGAAGAUGACUUCCAGGCUGACGUCUACAUGUACUACGGUCUGACGAAUUUCUAUCAGAAUCACAGACGUUAUGUCAAAUCAAGGGAUGAUAAUCAACUACUGGGAAGGCUCAGCGAGGAGGUAUCCAGUGACUGCGAUCCAUUUGCAUCCAACGAAAGUUUCGUACCGAAAAGAGCCAUUGCACCUUGUGGAGCAAUAGCAAAUUCCCUCUUCAGUGAUGAGUUGAGCUUAUAUUCAAAGGAUUUGAGACAGACCAUUCCACUCAUCAAGACGGGAAUUGCCUGGCCCUCGGAUAAGAAUAUCAAGUUCAAAAAUCCACCUGGUAAUCUCACCAAGGCUUUCGAGAAUUAUGAAAAACCUAGGAAUUGGACAAAAUAUGUAUGGCAGCUGGACGAAGAGGAUCCCAGUAAUAAUGGAUUUCAGAACGAGGACUUGAUCGUUUGGAUGAGAACUGCUGCAUUACCUACGUUCAGGAAACUAUACAGAAGGAUCAAUCAUACCGACCCGAUGUUCAAGGGACUCAAGAAGGGAGAUUAUAUCUUGAGCGUUAAAUACUCUUAUCAAGUUUCCUCCUUCGAAGGAAGUAAACGCAUGAUUCUGAGUACAACAUCUCUCCUCGGCGGUAAAAAUCCAUUCCUGGGAAUAGCAUAUAUCGUGGUGGGAUGUGUGUGCCUCGUUCUGGGAGUUGCAUUGUUAAUAAUUCAUAUUAAAUGUUCAAAAAGUACGAAUGAGAUGAUAAACGUUAAUCAACACACACCCUAUCAAUAGUCUAAUAUACUAGGAGAGAAUCCUGGACGAAUUUCAGCACUAAUUGGUGUUUCAUUAUCGAGAAAAGUCAGUGAAAAUAUAGACUGUUCAGCAACAGUCAUUGUGUUACUCGUAAUAAUGCACCGAGACGUAAUUAGAUUAAUUCCUUAGCAAAGAAAUUUUACUCUGUAAAGAUAUUCCCCCAAUUUUCAUUAUUGGCUAAUUAUUUAUGUAUAAGAUGCAGGGAUAAUUCUAGUGUUUAAUUUUAUUGAUUGAAUUUGCAUUCCCCCGAUCGAACAAA